GUUUAUUCUGCUUUUUGAAGUUAGAGUUUUCAACAUGGCGUCCCAUGACGAUGGUGCCUCAAAAACAGCUAAGGCUGCAGUGUUAAGUUUUUUUGCUACUUGUUUGGUUAUUAUUAUUGCGUUUUCUACAAAUUCGUGGUUAGAAACGGACGGGACAUUGGAAAAUCCUAAAUUUAUACAGUUAGGUCUUUGGAAUUUCUGUUUAAGGGAAUUCAAAGAUGUAAAACAUUUGUAUGACAGAAUUUUCAAUGGUUGUCGACAUGUGUUGGAUGAAGAAUACCACAUCAUAGACUGGCUUCUGAGACCUCCAUUCUUCAUUGCUGUCCAGUUGUUUUUCACACUGUGCUUUAUGCUCAUGCUGGUGGGCAUAGCAGGCACUCUGAUGUAUGUAUUGUGUUUCACAUAUGAACAUCAGGUGCAACUGUUGCGUGCCCUUGGUUGGGAUCUUACUAUUGCAGCAUUUUGUGGGACAAUUGCUGUUAUCACCUUUGGAGCCCUAGGUGAUUCAAGAGAUUGGAUGCCAGAUUUUGAGCAUAACUUCUUAUCGUGGUCAUUUGGUUUGGCCGUCGUCGGUACAUUUGGCCUUUACCUCUCUGCCACUUUGUUUUUCAUCGAAGCCAAGGUCCAAGCGAAAAAACAAAGGGACACGACAUCGCAGGCAACUUUUUCUAUGGAGCAUAAAGUAUAAAAUUUUAACUUUUUAAAGUUGUUAAAGACAUUCCGCCUUUUCGGUAACAAAAGCCGUCCACUUCAUUCGUCCAGAAUGACAAGAUAUUGUCAUUUUUUCGUUAGAUUGUGUAACAUUAUACGAAUCUCAGUGCAUCUAUUGCACUUUUGACCGAUUUUUACUGUGUGACUUAAUACAAUUUUUGUAAGUUUGCCAA